AUCUCACUCUGAAGACCUCAGAGGCACCACACAAGUGAUUUGCUCAACUUAGCUCACACUGUCGGAUAUAUGUCAUGGAUUUGAUCUGAAUCAUCGUGUAGCCUAACAGGAGCUGAGAGCACCAGUAGACAGGAUGAGUUGGGGAGCACUUUAUGCUCAGCUGGGAGGAGUGAAUAAACACUCCACCAGCUUGGGGAAGAUCUGGCUGUCUGUCCUCUUCAUCUUCCGCAUUUGCAUCCUGGUCAUAGCAGCAGAGACGGUCUGGGGAGACGAACAGUCAGACUUCACCUGCAACACACAACAGCCUGGUUGCAAAAACGUCUGCUAUGACCACUUCUUUCCAGUCUCGCACAUACGUUUCUGGUGUCUGCAGCUCAUCUUUGUGUCCACACCGGCUUUACUGGUGGCUAUGCAUGUGGCAUAUCGCAAGCGCAACAUGAAAAAGAAAAGCAUUUUAGCCAAGCGUGGAGGUAAUGGUAAAGGAGAUGACCUGGAGAGCUUGAAGAACCGGCGUCUACCCAUCACUGGGCCACUGUGGUGGACCUACACAUCCAGCCUGUUCUUCAGACUUCUUUUCGAGGCCGGAUUCAUGUAUGCUCUCUAUUACGUCUAUGAUGGCUUUCAGAUGGCACGCCUUGUGAAGUGUGAGCAAUGGCCUUGUCCCAAUAAAGUUGACUGUUUCAUCUCAAGGCCGACAGAGAAGACGGUCUUCACCAUCUUUAUGGUGGGAUCUUCUGCUAUUUGCAUUGUGCUCAAUGUGGCUGAACUGGCCUAUCUGAUUGUCAAAGCAUUGCUCAGGUGCUCAGCCAGAGCCAAAGGGAGGCGCUCAUUUGUACACCAAGAGAAAAUGUCCACAGAAAAGGCGCACCUACAGAAUGAAAAAAACGCAAGGUUGCUGUCAUCAGCUUCGGACUCAUCGAGCAAUAAGACUGUUUAAGAUGAUCUUCAACUCCGCCAUCAUGGGAGAUGAUAACAGUAGAUUUAACAGUAUGUGCUUUGUAGCUCUUUUUGACAAGUAGCCCUGAGAACACAUCAAAAGACACACACUUGAAAGCAGGUUUCAGCGUGGCUCUUUCCGAAGCUGAAAUUCUUUCCCCUAGCCGAAAGAUGAUUCAGAGUUAUAACACUGCAUGGUCAAUGAAGAAGAUCUGAGGGUUGUUGAGAUAUAUUUGUAAUUUUUUUACUUGCUAACUGAUUACAGUACUUAGGAGUGUCCAACUUUGGUCCUGGAGGGCCGGUGUCCUGGAGAGUUUAGCUCCAACCCUAAUCAAACACACCUGAACCAGCUAAUUAAGCUCUUACUAGAUAUACUAGAAAAUCUCUGGCAGGUGUGUUGAAGCAAGUUGGAGCUAAACUAUGCAGGACACCGGCCGUCCAGAACCGAGUUUGCACACCCCUGGGCAUUAGAAAAGCGAAAGAGUGACUCCUAGUGGUCAAACAACACACACGUUCAAAGGCCGCCUUUGCACAGAAUUUGUGUCCUGUUUUUGAAGGAUCGUUUUUAUGUUGUACAGAAAUGCAUCUCUAUAUUUGGACACUUUGCUAUGUUUACUUAAUUUUUAAAUGCAUUUUAGUCUUUCAGUUUCCUACCAACAAUUUUAGCCUGGAAAUGUUUUUUGUUUGUGUUAUUUGCUUUUGGGUUUUUAAUAUUCUUUUGGUAAACGAUUCAAAUGUUUCACAACUCACAAGGUCAAUCUUACAUUCAACCCUACCUGGGAUUUCAUAGCAGCUUAAAGCAAUGUGCCUUGUUACAUGAAUCUGCAGUAUUUAAUGAGCAAUAAUAGAUAUUUCAAACAAAGUUUUAGCCUUAAAGUCAAUCAUUAAAGCAAGCCAUUAAGUAUUUCUAUUUGGACUACUUGGAUGAUGCUUGCUGAAGAGUAAGCACUACAUGACAUAUCCCAAAAGAGUAGUGGCUCUGGAGUAUGUUAUUGUAAUACAGUCUUAUUUAUUAGCCGUUAGAGUUGCAAACAGUCUGCAAUCGCGUGAGAAUGUUUACUUUUUUACUAGUCGCGCUUCUCUUUGACAUCUAGUCAGGAUACCUGUUGACAGAUGAGAGCGCAUUCAGUGACAGAAGUUGGGAAUGAUGCGUACCUAAAUGUCCACAUGGUAUUGGUUGAAUCUUGUUUCCCAAAGCAAGCUGUGAUCUUUUUUUAUUGUCAACUGAUUGCCAGCGUAAUACAUGUUCUUUGCGAUUUUGGCUAACAACUAAUAUUUUAUAUGAAGGUCUUAAUAAAAAAUCU